CCUCUAUUCAGAAGGGCAAACAACACAAUUGUGAUAUAGCUUAUGAGCUUGUAGAAAAAGGAGAAGACUUUUUAGAUUGAUGUGAAAAACCAUUUAAAUUAUUGUUCUGAGCUGAUUCAUUUCAGCAAUAUGCGAUAACGCGCUACAAUGGAUGAAAUUACUCCAGUCGCUCACGUUGAUGCCGUUCGUAUCGGUCGUUGCUAAACAUUAUGCAGGACAAUUCUUCAAUCCUCCCGAUGCGGUCGAGGGAACUCACGAUUACUCAAAAAAUCCAGUUUAUUCUUUGGGAUCCACGCAGACGAUCAAGUUUACGACUAUUUACCCCAGCUAUGAAAUCAAAUUGUGGCAACAGACUCGCGGACAAAAUGCUGCGACUCGAGGCCCCAGCAUUUUCAGUACCGAAGAUGGCGCGGUAACAUAAUUUGACUGGCAGGUCCAGCUUUACCAAUUUGACCUGUCUGCUUCUAACAUGUUCUUCCUAUGGCUCACUUCAACAUCUGAAGACGACGUUGACGUUGACCCUGUGUCUAUCGCUUCAUAUUUCUUCAAUAUAUCCGAAAGGUCUGAUUCUCAACCUCAUUCGACACAUACGGUCUUGUCAGCUCAGUUUUCUGCCACAUCAUUGUUCACGAUGAGCACUACAUCCAACCCGAUCGGAAUCGCUAGUGAGACUUCAACAACCAGUCCCAACCCCCACGGGCUCAGUACAAGCGUCAAAGUUGGAAUUGGAGUUGGCGUUGGGCCGGCUGGUCUCGUAGUUAUCUUAAUUUCUUUAAUUCUGAUCCAUCGUUCGAUGCAGAAGCACGGAAAUGGAACAACCAACCAACCUGGAACUCAAGAAAAUCAUUCUGAUCAAGUGAAGGCUGCAUCGCAGGAUGCAUCGUUUGUAGCUCACGAGAUGCAGAGUCUUCCAGCAGAGUUAUCCGCAGGCAAGGAAUGAAGAGACACGCCGAAUUUUCAUAUCAAGGGGCAAGGAGCUGAAACUGGAAGCGGGUAGUACAUAACUGCGGCGUUACAAAUUUCAAAACUGAUUUUCAUAGUCUCGUUGAGUCAUUCAAUAUCAGCCUAUCAUUUAGCUUCAAUAUACCGAAUUGAUACCUCAUGAUGGUCCCUUGCGUAUCAGUUUGUCAAACUGGUCUACACCACCGGUUGGUGCUUUGACAAGCCCAUCCCUGUAAUUACACAUGAUAUCAAACCCUCUAUUUUGCUCCUGGGUCGCCAAAUGCAAACCAGACACGCAUCAGUAAUAUGUACAUUACUAUUGCAUAAAUAUGAAUAUCUUUUGAUUGACGAAGCUUACCGUAUUUUUUUGUGUACUGUUACAUUCCUUAGCCUGAGAGUUGAACGGAGAAUUUCAUCUUCCAUGAUUCGGCGAUAAAGCCAAUACAUCCGAAAUAUUCUUCGUGUUAUCUCUAUAUUUAAGGUUUGAUGAUCA